AUGAGAGAAGCUGUCAUUACUCCCGACAUCCAGGUCGAAAUUCGCGAUGUACCAACUCCCGUGCCCAAAGCCGGAGAAGUCCUUGUCCGAGUGGUUGUGUCUGGCGGCGACUAUCCCAAUGGCUUGCCUGGUGGCAAGCUUUGGCCUUCAACCAAGAGGGUGGUUGCAGACAUCCAGUCGGCCUUUUUCAAGGCUGGAAGCGGACCUGCCUGGUAUGGACUUGAUGCUGCCACCAGCGAAGACGGUGCUCCCGAAUAUACAGGAAUACUCAUCGAAGCACUGGGCACUCAGUGGGGAUUGAGCGGUAAUCGACCUCGUGUUGCCACUGUUCAAGGUGGUGCCAGAGUUUGUGGCCUUGUAGAUGGGGAUUACAUCAACGUCAUGCUGGUUCAUACUGGCUCAUACUGGCAGAUAGUUGCAGGACUGUCCGGCACGCUCGGAAACGUUUGUUUAAUCAACCCUUUGCAGAUGGCCGUCAACAAGCCUAAGAACAUUGAUGACGAUGAUCUUAUGGAAGGCAAGGAGAUCAUUACAAGACCGAUGGACCAGCCAACUUGUAUGUCUUUUGCACUCCAGCGCAUCCACCUUGCCGAGGUUUUCCGGGCAUCGCUUGAACAAACGCAGUGUGCAGGGUUAAGUCCAGAGGCCAUCGGUUAUCAGCAGGUACAAGAGCUCGACACCCAGCUUGUUCGCUUUUGGGAUGACACUCCCGCGUUCUUACGACUUGACCAUGUCUCGGGAGGCAUGAAGGAUGAUCAAGCGAUAAUGAGAAUCCAGCGGUACGUGCUGCAAGUUUUCGUUCAUGGUCAAAGAUGCAGGAUCCACCUCCCGUUUCUCGCCCGCGGCGCCUGA